UUGCCAUCCUCUAGCAUUGCUCUUGGCCUUUAGCUAAAAGAGUGCUCUGUCUCAACUCUCUGAUCAUCAGAUUAGACCAUUCAAUAUGCUGACAGUAUCAUUUAUAUGGGGAUUGGUAGUAGCCUUGUGCUGCUUUUUCUGGCUUAUUGUUGGAAUCCGAAGAAGGAAACCAGGGGAGCCUCCUCUAGAAAAUGGACUCAUUCCUUACCUUGGAUGCGCCCUGCAGUUUGGUGCUAAUCCCCUGGAGUUUCUCCGAGUGAGGCAAAAUAAGUUUGGAAAUGUCUUCACCUGCAAAAUAGCUGGGCAAUUUGUUCACUUUGUGACUGAUCCAUUUUCCUUCAGUUCAGUAAUGAGGCAUGGCCGGCACUUUGAUUGGCAAAAGUUCCACUUUGCAACCUCUGCCAAGGCAUUUGGGCAUAGCACUUUGGACUCCUCCGAUAGCGAACUAACCCAAAAUGUGCAUGACUCGUUUCUGAAAACCCUUCAGGGUGAUGCCCUGGACCCUCUCAUUUCAAGCAUGAUGGAGAAUCUUCAAUUUACCAUGUUGCAAAACAGUUCUUACAAAGUAAACAGUAAAGACUGGAUGACUGAGGGUCUCUAUGCCUUCUGUUACCGUGUGAUGUUUGAGGCUGGGUACCUAACGCUUUUUGGCAAAGAGUUUAACUUCCCAGAAGAUAAGAAUCUUGCCAGACAAGAAGCACAAAGAGCUCUUAUCCUCAACGCUAUAGAGAAUUUCAAGGAAUUUGACAAGAUUUUUCCUGCUCUUGUAGCGGGUUUACCAAUCCAUGUAUUCCAAUCAGCUUACAGUGCCCGAGAAAACCUUGCCAAGGACCUUCUGCAUGAGAACCUGAGGAAGCGAAACAACAUCUCUGAACUUAUCAGUCUGCGCAUGUUGCUGAAUGACAAUAUGACUAGCCUAAAUGACAUGGAAAAAGCAAAGACACACCUAGCUCUCCUGUGGGCUUCACAAGCAAACACAUUACCUGCAACAUUCUGGAGUGUCUUCUAUCUUCUCACGUGCCCGCAUGCAAUGAAAGCAUCCACGGAAGAGGUCCACCGGGUUUUAGAAAAGGCUUCCCAGAAAGUCAACAACGAUGGCAAAUAUAUAUUUCUCAAUCGUCAUGAACUAGAUGAUAUGCCAGUCCUAGACAGUGUAAUUAAAGAAGCCAUGAGGCUGUCCAGUGCGUCACUAAACAUCAGAGUUGCCAAGGAAAAUUUUGUGUUACAUAUGGAUGACAACCAGGCAUUCCACAUCCGAAAAGAUGAUAUUGUGGCACUUUACCCACAGAUGGUUCAUUUAAGUCCUGACAUCUAUGAAGACCCUAAUACUUUCAAGUAUGACCGAUAUCUGGGAGAAGACGGAAAAGAAAAGACCAAUUUUUUCCUUAACGGCCGCAAGCUCAAAUAUUACUACAUGCCAUUCGGAUCUGGAAAAACAAAGUGUCCUGGCAGACAGUUUGCUGUCCAUGAGAUUAAACAGAUGCUGACUUUGAUUAUAUGCUACUUUGACAUGGAACUGGUUGAGAAAAAUGUUAGAUCUCCACCACUAGACCAGUCACGCGCAGGGUUAGGCAUCCUACAGCCAACACAUGAUGUUGAUUUCAGAUAUAAGUUAAAAGCUCAUUAAGCAGUAACGUUCCAAAUCCAAUGGCACUUAACAUCCCCAGCAUCUGUUUUCUUAUUUAUUUUAUUUAUCUGCCAGCAUCCCUUAGUCCAGGGAUCCCCAACCUUUUCAACCCGUG